AUGGCUGAUUUUAAACUCUUAGCWAACAUCUCUAAUAACACAUUCAGGUUUAUCAUAUCAGGAUCAAUGAAGCUGUGUGGCAAAGCACCUGAAAGUGACCUGGAAGUUAAUACAAAACGGGUUGCUCUGAUACUGUUGACAACCUUUGGAUUUUUAGGAAACAUCUUUAUCAUAGUACUCGCUAUGAAAUAUACAGUACGCAAGAAUCUGCAUCAUUUGAUCAUCAACAUSGCCGUUUCCGAUAACCUMUUCAUCAUUAUGUGCCUCUUAGACAUUAUUCAAUGGCAAAUGUCAAGUAACAAGUUGCUCUCACAUUAUCCUGAUGGCAUCCUUGGUGACUUCCUGUGUAAAGCUCGARGCAUUCUUUACGAAGUUUCGUAUAAAGUCUCCUUAGUUACCCUUUUGACAUUCAGCAUUGAACGAUUCAGAGCAACAAGGCAAACAUUACAKAGAGCGCGGCCGUACACAUUGAAGAAACGCCUGGCAGUUGUCCUUGUGUGCUGGGCGGCCCCCUUGGUCAUUGAGGUCUACCGSUUACAUUAUCAAAAGAAUGCAGAAAAUGGGAGAUGCCUUAUAUAUGCAGACAACUUUUCCAAGUACUAUCUUUUUUUGAUUGCAUGUGCAAUUGUUGCAGUGAUGAUAACGAUAUUCACACUAAGCAUUUGGACCAUAAGACGAUUGUCAAGACYUCAAAACAUCCACGCACAUCUCAACCAAGAACARCAGRACAUGAGAACACGCCGAACAAAGGCAGCCGUACUGAUGGUUCUUGCUUCUGCACUGCUAUCGGCAUGUUGCUGGCUCCCAACAUUGAUUUUCUCUUCGAUUUCUAAAUCAAUUCUUGCUACAUCARCCAUUAUAACAGUGACUUGCACGUUAGACUGGAAAUCAUUUACGUUCAUGACAGCUUAUUUCCUUCCUCUGUUCAACAGUUGCUUCAGUCCUUGCAUUUAUAUUAUCUUUUUGCCCGACUUCCGAGAAGCUGUUAAAAAAAUACYGAGUCGAAGAGUCCAACCUAUAAGAAGACCCUCUAUAGAGUUGCAGUCAAUCCGUGCAACAUCAUCUKUGGGACCUAACAGAAAAGACUAA